CCAUAGUAAGAUUAACACGCCCCUGUCAUUUAAACCUCGUUUUUCGGAAUCGUUUCCUCUUAUUUCCACACAAACACAUUUGAUCAUCAAGAUUUAAACUCUUCAUUUGAUUCUCUCAGCUGUGAUUUACUCAUUUAUUCCGGAGGAAUUUGAUCUUCUGAGGCGUAAAAAAGGAAGUUCAGUUUGUAUUUACAGUAACAGAGUCAGAAUGAUGAACUGCUGUGGUCUCGUGACUGGACAAAAACUGCCAGUUCCUCUGAAGAGCAUCUCAGUGGAUGUGCAGGUCAAGGGUCAUGUAGCCACAGUCACCUCCACUCUGCAGUAUGUGAAUGAGGAAGAUCGCCCCCUGGAGGCCUUGUUUGUGUUCCCUCUGCCUGCUGAUGCUGCUGUCUGUCACUUCAGUGCUAAGAUCGGAGAACACGAGAUUGUGGCAGAGCUGAAAGAAAAACAGGCUGCGAGAGAUCAGUAUGAUGAUGCUGUGAGUUCAGGUCAGGAGGCGUUUCUGUUGGAAGAGAGUGAAGAAAGUUCUGAUGUGUUCAAACUGAGUGUUGGGUGUCUGUCACCGGGUCAGAACGCCGCCAUCAGCAUCACAUACAUCACUGAACUCUCUGUGCAGGCCGACCACGCGCUGCGCUUCUGUCUGCCUGCUGUCCUCAACCCCAGAUACACACCAGCAGGUGCAGCUGCUGGAAUAGUUUCAGAGAUUUCAUCAGUACGUGACUCUGUUCCCUACACUCUGACUCUUAGUGUUCAUGUGAGCUCUCCAAACCCCAUCUCCAAACUAGAGUCCAAGUGCACUCUGGAUCCUCUAGUGUUCCUCAACUCGGAUCACACUCUCGCUACGGUGAAUCUGAGUUCUGGUCACAAGUUUGAUAAAGAUGUUGAGUUGUUUGUGUACUAUGAGAAUACCCAUCAGCCCACUGCUAUAGUGGAGGCAGGAGUGACCACUGCACAAGCAGGUUCUCUGAUGAGUGAUCCAGUGGUGAUGAUCAGUUUGUACCCAGAAUUCCCAAAGGAAGUGAUGUCAUCAUUAACAACUCAAGGAGAGUUUGUUUUUGUGAUUGACAGAUCAGGCAGUAUGGACUGUGCGAUGCAUAAUGGGGAAGGAGCACAGAUGCGUAUAGAAAGUGCAAAGGAAACUCUGCUGUUACUGUUGAAGAGUCUGCCCAUGGGCUGUUACUUCAAUAUCUAUGGAUUUGGCUCCAGUUAUGACUCCUUCUUCCCUCAGAGUGUUGUGUACAAUCAGGACACAAUGGAUCAGGCACUGAAGAAAGUCAAUGAAAUGAGAGCAGACAUGGGCGGCACAGAGAUUCUUGAGCCUCUGAAACACAUCUACAGUCAACCCUGUUACCCUGAACACCCCAGACAGUUGUUUGUCUUCACUGAUGGAGAGGUGGGGAACACAAAAGGGGUUCUGGAUCUUGUCAGAAACCAUUCUCAGUCUCACAGGUGUUUCUCAUUCGGGAUCGGUGAGGGUGCGAGUACCGCCCUCAUCACAGGAUUGGCCAGAGAGGGAUGUGGCCACGCCCAUUUCAUCACCGGGACUGACCGCAUGCAGCCUAAAGUGAUGCAGUCUCUCAGGUUUGCUCUGCAGCCUGUAGUGAACAAGAUCUCUGUGGAGUGGAAAGUUCCAGACGGCAUUACUGUUGACACUCUGUCCCCACCCAUCAAUGUCAUCUUCCAGGGUCAAAGGUCACUCAUUUAUGCCCAGAUUAAAGGACAGAGUUCAGAAAGCUCUGAAGGAUCAGUGAUGAUACAAUACAACCUGAAAGAUCAACCAGUGACAAACCAGCUUCACUUCUGCCUCAAACCAACUGAGGACACUGGGUUGAUGAUCCACCGUCUGGCGGCUCGGUCUCUGAUUGGCUGUCUGGAGCAGGAGGAGAGGGCAGGAGGUGCAGAGGUGGAGUCUAUCAAGAGCAAGAUGGUGAAGCUCAGUGUUGAAGCAGGAGUGAACAGUGUUCAUACAGCCUUCAUUGCCAUUAAUAAACACAACAGAGAGACUGUGAAAGGACCUCUCAUACAGACAAGAAUACCAACACAAGGAUUAUAUGGAGUCCCGCAAAUGUGUUAUGUAGCUACUUUUUCCGGUAUGUACUCAGCGGAUAUUACAGAGUGUGACUCUAUAGAAGAGUCUUGUGAGAGUGGAAUCGAAUCAGAUGGUGUUUGUGGAGGACUGGACGCAGAAUGUGAGCCUCAGAAGGACUCUUUGCUUCAGCUGGUGUCUCUUCAAAAGGCUUCGGGCUGCUGGGAGCUGAACUCUGCGCUGGCACAAGUGUUUGGAAAGACAGAAGAUGAGCUGACCAAUCAGAAACCAGUACAGGUGGAUGGCUCAGUGUGGGCCGCUCUACUGGCUCUCAUCUGGUUAUACGGAUAUAAAAUCCAGCAACAAGAUGAGUGGCAGUUUGUGGCCAUGAAGGCGUCAUCAUGGAUCCGCUCUCAGAACGUGGGCGGUCUGUCUCAGUGUGUGUGUGAUGGGAAUGUUCUGCUGGGAUGUCACGUGACACAAGAGACUUUGGGAAUCUGAAGAUUUCUAUAUCCACUGUGAAAUAACGAAAUAUCUUUAUCUUAUAGUUUGAUUAACUGUUACUGUCACUACUGUUGUUGUGAAUAUAAUCUGACUGUGGGCAUGGUUUGAUUUUUAUGUAUAGCGUAGGUCACAAAACGCACAGCUUGAGGUACUUUUAUACUUGGGUGUACUAAAGCAUGUAUAUUUUUUGCAUUAUUUAAGCAAAAGUAGACGCAAAUAAAUAAAAGGAACAUAACUAACUAAAUGAAAAUGGACGUAAUGCAUUGUUGACUGUUUAUCAAGCUCAGACAUUUAAAUAAAUCAAAAGUCAUUCAUUUUUUAAUAAUUACAGUUUUCAUUUCUUGGAAAUAUAUGUUUAGUAUUAACCACAAACUCAUUCAGUAUUUAUACAAAUAAAAUAUAUAUAUAUA